UCCCUCCCCGCGCGCGCGCUCCCUCCGCCUCCUCCACCUAUUUGCCAGAGAGCCUCGGCGACAGACCUCCAGCCGCUCGUCGUCCUGCCGCUGCGCGGAGCCUCCUGUCGUCCAUCAGAGCCCGGGCUUCGUCCUGCCCACCUGCGCGGAUCGCUCCUCCGGCCGGCUAAGCGACUUUCCCUCGUUUUUUUUUUCCUUUUGGGGGGAAAUAAGAGUUUUUGUGAGCUUACUUCUCCAGUUGCUCUUCAAGACAGAUGGAGAAAAUGGCCAGACCUCUUCCCAUAAACCCAACUUUCUUGCCGCCGACUCACGGCGUCCUGAAAUCACUGCUGGAAAACCCGCUCAAGCUCCCGUUCCAUCAUGACGAAGGGUUUGGAAAGGAGAAAGAGAAGGAGAAGAAGCUCGAGGAUGAGAGCGGCGCGGCCAACCACCCCCAGUCGGCCUUCCUCGGCCCCACUCUGUGGGACAAGACCCUCCCCUACGAUGGAGACAACUUCCAGCUGGAAUACAUGGACCUGGAGGAGUUCCUGGAGGAGAACGGCAUCCCGGCCAACACGGCUCAGGGCGAGCAGGCCCCGCAGACGCCACAGGCCUCUAUGCAGCAGGCCCCGCCCCCCGCGCCGCCCACGCCCUCCGUGGUGGACCUCAGCAGCCGCGCCACCACCUCUGUCCACACGGCCAUGGCGCCGCAGACCUGCCUGCGCAGCCCCAGCACAGCAGCUCUGCCCUCCUCCAGGGACACCCCCAGCCCCAUCGACCCCGAGUCCAUCCAGGUGCCCAUGACCUACGACCCCGACCCGGCCGACCUGGCUCUGUCCAGCGUGCCGGGUCAGGAGAUGUUCGAUCCCAGGAAGCGCAAGUUCUCCGCCGAGGAGCUGAAGCCACAGCCCAUGAUCAAAAAAGCCCGCAAGGUCUUCAUUCCUGACGACAUGAAGGACGAUAAGUACUGGGCCCGGCGCAGAAAGAACAACGUGGCGGCGAAGCGCUCUCGGGACGCCCGGCGGCUGAAGGAGAACCAGAUCGCCAUCCGGGCCGGCUUUCUGGAGAAGGAGAACGCCGCCCUCCGCAUGGAGGUGGCGGACUUGAGGAAGGAGCUGGGCCGCUGCAAGAACAUUCUGGCCAAAUACGAGGCCCGGCACGGGCCCCUGUGAGCCCCCUCCCCCGCCAUGCAUCACCACCCCGCGUCCCCCCCCUCAGUUUGAAGGACUA